AUGAAUAAUGGUUCAAACAAAAAGAAUGCAAUAUAUAAACCAACCUUGCCAAGAUUGAAAAUAAUUCAUUAAUAGAGAUAGAUAUUAAGUUCCCCUUAGAAAACAAAAUUUAUAGAUGAAAAAAAAUUAGAAUAAAUAGUAGAGAGAAGAAACUUUUAGAAGUAAUUGAUAGAUCUAGUGAUACCUAUUCAUGAUGAUGCCUAAUCAAGUAUAAUAAAUUCAGAGUUCUCAAAGGGUGAUUUAUUAAAGCAUUAUAAGUAACUUCCAUCUAAACCAACUUUAUUAUUUGAGAAAGCAAUGAAAGGAUUGCAUCCUCUUCAAUAAUAAGAGUAUAGAAAUAAAGAACUUGAGAAAUUAGAUAAGAAGGUAUAGUAAUUAAAUGAAAGAAAUCCAUUACAAGAAUCAUGGAAAUCUCCAUUUUUAUCAUAACCAAGAUUAUAUAAAUCAUCUGAAGAGGUUGAUCUGAGUGCAUCUUAAGAUAUUGAUCCUAAUGUAUAAAAUGUAGUAGUAUUAAAUGAAAAUUUAAGAGGAUUUGGUUCUAGAUUAAGAUCAUAUUUGGAUUAUGAUAAACAUACAGUAUUUGAAAGAUAAAAAGGGAAUCCUAAAUAUUUAUAUAGAGAUAAUAUGAUAAGAAUGAUAAAGAAUAAUUCUACAAAAGAAUUAGAUUUAGUAAAGGAGUGGAACUUUUUAAUAAAUUAUGAUAAAUUGACAUCACAUGCUCAACUUUAGAAACCAGAAAUAAGAAUGUAAUAAUUUGGAACUAUUUCAUCAAUAAGUCAUUAUUAUAGUAUAUAAGAUUUUCAUAAAAAGAAGAUGGGUUAAAGUUUAACUUAAUAAACUCCGAAUUCAUAAAUAUCUCCUUAAUUUGUUGUUAAGAAUUCAAGACAGAGUAAUUCUUCAGAACCAAUAGAUUUUGGAAAAUCAAAUUAGGUUUUAUUAGAUGUAUCUGAAGUAGAAAAAGGAUAGGAUGAUGUGUCUAUUCAUAAAGAUACAUUUUUAACAUAUUGUUAAGUAUUUUGGGAUUUAAUAAGAAAAGAGGAUGAAAUAGUAGAAAGAGUUGUAUGGGCAUUUUGUAAAGGAGAUUAUUUUACAUUUAGUGGAUUUAAACAUUUUUAUAAAUUAAUAGUAUUUUAAGAGGGAACUUUUGAGGAUUAUAUAAAAUUUACAUAUGAUUUCUUUUUGGCUUCAGAUCGUAGUGAGAUUCCAUUUACAGAAAUAUAAGGAUUACUAAGAUUACUGGCUUCAAAAAUAGAUGGUAAAGAUCAUGUUUUGAGUGAUUAAAUACUUAUGGAUAUAGUAAAUUAAAUUCAUAGGUAAAAAUAAUUAUUACCAAUAAUUUUAUAGACCUUAAGUAAUAUCAAAGGAAACAUUACAACAAUUGAUUUUUGAAGAUAAGAUCCCUCCUACUGUCGUUGUUAAGAUGGUGUAUGAGUAGUCCUGAUAAAAUUGUGAAUUAUUAAUAUUUUUUAUUAACGGCUACUUAGA